AUGAGGAUCGGGACCGCUUGAAAGUGGGGGAAAGUGCCGGCGCCUCCGUCAACCGGGAAAGCCGCUCGCCAGUGCCGAAGCCAGCAGCCGCCGAGGACACCUGCUCUAGGCUGGAGCGAGCGCCCGGGCGCGACCCGUGGCAUGAGGCUGUGACCGCCGCCGCCCUCCACGCCACUCUGGGCAGCGCAGCGCCAGGCCGAGGAGCGUCGGAGGACUUGACCCCGCGAAGUCUUGGUUGAUCCCUCCGGGACUUGUCCCUGCCGAGGCCCAGAGACCAGGGAGGCUGAAAGCCACUUCAGCGGGGACCGGGAGGCCCUAAGGGCCCAGGGGCCCCAAGGAAGACGAGGCGGCCCGAGCCGCCCGGGGCGCGCGGCUAUGAUGGUGCACUGUGCCGGCUGUGAGCGGCCCAUCCUCGACCGCUUUCUGCUGAACGUGCUGGACCGCGCGUGGCAUAUCAAAUGUGUUCAAUGCUGCGAGUGCAAAACCAACCUCUCGGAGAAGUGUUUCUCCCGAGAAGGCAAGCUGUACUGUAAAAACGACUUCUUCAGGCGCUUCGGCACGAAGUGCGCGGGCUGCGCGCAAGGCAUCUCUCCCAGCGACCUGGUGCGCAAGGCCCGGAGCAAAGUCUUUCACCUCAACUGCUUCACCUGCAUGGUGUGCAACAAACAGCUGUCCACGGGAGAGGAGCUCUACGUGAUCGACGAGAACAAGUUUGUGUGUAAAGACGACUACCUGAGCUCCUCUAGCCUCAAGGAGGGGAGCCUCAACUCAGUGUCAUCCUGUACGGACCGCAGUUUGUCCCCGGACCUCCAGGACCCGUUACAGGACGACCCCAAAGAAACCGACAACUCGACCUCAUCGGACAAGGAGACCGCGAACAACGAGAACGAGGAACAGAACUCCGGCACGAAGCGGCGCGGCCCGCGCACCACCAUCAAAGCCAAGCAGUUGGAGACGCUCAAGGCGGCCUUCGCGGCCACGCCCAAGCCCACGCGCCACAUCCGCGAACAGCUGGCCCAGGAAACCGGCCUCAACAUGAGGGUCAUUCAGGUGUGGUUUCAGAACCGAAGGUCCAAAGAACGCCGUAUGAAACAGCUGAGCGCUCUGGGAGCCCGGAGACACGCCUUCUUCCGGAGUCCGAGGCGCAUGCGUCCCCUGGGCGGCCGCUUGGACGAGUCUGAGAUGUUGGGGUCUACCCCGUACACUUAUUACGGAGACUACCAAAGCGACUACUACGCCCCGGGAGGCAACUACGACUUCUUCGCGCACGGGCCGCCCUCGCAGGCUCAGUCCCCAGCCGACUCAAGCUUCCUGGCAGCGUCGGGACCCGGCUCGACGCCGCUGGGCGCGCUGGAACCGCCACUGGCCGGGCCGCACGGCGCGGACAACCCCAGGUUCACCGACAUGAUCUCGCACCCGGACACGCCUAGCCCCGAGCCGGGCCUGCCCGGCGCGCUGCACCCCAUGCCUGGAGAGGUGUUCAGCGGCGGGCCUAGCCCGCCCUUCCCCAUGAGCGGCACCAGCGGCUACAGCGGACCCCUGUCGCAUCCCAACCCCGAGCUCAACGAGGCGGCCGUCUGGUAAGGCCAAGGGGCCGGGCCACCCCCUGCCAUCGAGCCCUGAACGCUUCCUGGGUCACCCUCGAGAGAGUCCUCGCAUCUCCACCCCCUCAGAGCUUCGGCGCGCGCCUGAGCAAUUUCUUGGGACCAAAGUCAUUAUUUUGGAGGGUCGAGAUUCCAAGCACACCCUAGACGCCCCCGGGACCCCCGCCCACCAUCACCUCUUUGAACUAAGAGGGGGUUGAAACCAAGGAGGAGCGGAGACGGUGACGCUACCCCUCCCUGCGAGCCGAGGCCAUCGUGAAAUCUUAUUUCUCACUCUUUCUCUUUAAAAAGAGAGAGAGAGAGAGAGAGAGAGAGA